AAAACCCUAGCAAUGCUUCUCCUCCUAAACCUCCCCACAGAAUUUUCUCCCCGCGGUGACGAAUCCCGACCCCGAUAUAAGUAAAACCCUAGCACACACAGAAAGAGGAGUCUGUUUUCCGUGCGAAUGGCACUCUACCUCCUUUUCGAAUCUGCCUCUGGCUACUCUCUCUUCCUCGCUCAUGGCCUCGACGAGAUCGGCCAGAGCAUCGACGCUAUACGCGAUUCGGUUCUCGACCUUAGUCGCUUCGGCAAGGUCGUCAAGCUUGCAGCUUUCAGCCCUUUUUCCUCUGCACUCGAUGCUCUGAACCAGUGCAACGCUGUAUCCGAAGGAAUUAUGACCGAUGAGUUGAGGAAUUUUUUGGAGCUCAAUCUCCCUAAACGUAAGGAAGGGAAGAAGUCCAACUUCAGCCUCGGAGUCGCCGAGCCGAAGGUCGGGUCCCAGAUCUUGGAGGUGACGAAGAUUCCGUGCCAGAGCAACGAUUUUGUCUUGGAGCUUCUCCGUGGUGUCCGGUUGCACUUUGAUAGGUUGAUCAAGGAUUUAAAGCCAAACGAUCUGGAGAAAGCUCAACUUGGUUUGGGCCAUAGUUAUAGCAGAGCAAAGGUCAAGUUCAAUGUCAACAGGGUCGAUAAUAUGGUCAUUCAGGCAAUUUUUCUUCUUGAUACCCUUGAUAAAGAUAUCAACACUUUCUCAAUGAGAGUGAGGGAGUGGUAUUCAUGGCAUUUUCCAGAACUCGUUAAAAUCGUCAAUGAUAACUAUCUGUAUGCAAAAAUUGCGAAGUUUGUUGACGACAAAUCAAAUUUAUCGGAAGAUCAUGUUCCGCAGUUGGCUGAUAUUGUUGGUGAUGAGGAGAAGGCGAAGAACAUUGUAGAAGCUGCUAAAGCAUCCAUGGGACAGGACCUGUCUCCAAUUGAUUUGAUUAAUGUCCAGCAGUUUGCACAGAAGGUUAUGGAUUUGUCUGCAUAUAGGAAUAAGUUAUAUCAGUAUCUAAUCACAAAGAUGAAUGACAUUGCACCAAAUUUGACUUCUUUAAUUGGUGAAAUUGUGGGAGCAAGACUUAUUUCUCAUGCCGGAAGCCUCUCAAAUUUAGCUAAGUGCCCUUCUUCGACUCUUCAGAUACUUGGUGCUGAGAAAGCGCUUUUCAGAGCAUUGAAAACUAAAGGAAAUACUCCAAAGUAUGGUUUAAUAUUCCAUUCUUCUUUUAUUGGACGUGCUUCUGCUCGAAACAAAGGACGUUUAGCUCGUUAUCUUGCAAACAAAUGUUCAAUUGCAUCUCGUAUUGACUGUUUUUCAGAUAUGAAUACCACCAUAUUUGGAGAGAAACUUCGAGAACAGGUUGAAGAGAGGUUGGAUUUCUAUGAUAAAGGAGUUGCACCUCGCAAGAAUGUUGAUGUCAUGAAAGCUGCCAUUGAAGCUACAAUACAACAAAAUGAGGAAGAAGGUGUUGAAAAUAAAGAUGCAGAACAUUCUGCAAAGAAAAGAAAGAAGAACAAAACCAAAGAGGUCCAGGAAUUAGAACCAAUGGAAGAGGAUAAGCUUGAGCCUGGAAUUGAGAAGAAGAAGAAGAAGAAAAAGAAGCAAAAGGAUGUAGAGGAGGUGGACGUUGCAGUUGCGGUGAACCUGGGAAAUGGUCAUGAUACUGAUCAAAAUGGACCUGCCAAGAAGAAAAAGAAAAACCGAGAAGCGGCAAAUGUUGGUGAUAUAGAAAUGGCCACCGAUGGCAAGAUGAAGAAGAAGAAGAAGAGGAAAAAUGAAGGUGAGGAUUGAUAUAUGUUUUGAGAAAAGCUUUGAAGUCAGUUAUCUAUGAGAAUCUCUGAAACACUUCAGAUGAUCGGCCCUUUCAAUUUAUAUUCAAAUUGCUGGCAACCAAAUAGUUGAUUGGGCAUUGUUUUUGUUCUCUUUUAAGUUAAUUUUAAUUUAUUGUUGUAUCAUUUUGGUAGAAAUUUUUGCUUUAUGUUCCACUAAGUGUCUGCAAACCUUUUAUUUCAAAUGAAAGCUAUGGUGAAUACCGUUUUAGAUUCA